AUGGGCUCGAGAUCGAUAUCCACCGACAAAUCCCGAACUUACAGCACUUCCACCUCGUUCAGUCUAACUGUCCUCAUUUCUGGGUCAGGGACCAACCUGCAAGCCCUGAUCGACGCCUGCGGGCAGGCCCCUCCUUCCAAAGACAAACCAGCCCCUCGACGGUUACUUCCAAAUGCUGAAAUAUCUCAUGUGAUAUGCAAUCGCCGUGAGGCAAAGGGCAUCGCCCGCGCCCAAGACGCCCACAUCCCUGUCACAUACCAUAAUCUGCUGUCGUAUAAGAAGAAAUUUCCGGACACAGAGGCCGGGAUAACUGCAGCUCGGAACCAGUACGACACCGAUCUAGCCCAGAAGAUCCUCACGCACAUCCCGUGCCCGGACCUGGUGGUCUGUGCCGGCUUCAUGCAUAUUCUGUCCCCGGUGUUCGUCAACGCUCUGGCGUCGGCAAAUGUGCCCAUCAUCAACCUGCACCCGGCAUUGCCAGGGCAGUUUGACGGGGCAAAUGCCAUCGGACGUGCCUACGAGGCGUUUCAAAGAGGGGAGAUUUCUGGGACCGGAGUGAUGGUCCACUAUGUGACUGACGAAGUGGACCGGGGCGCACCGGUUUUGGUGAGGGACAUCGAAAUGAAACCUGGGGAGUCGCAGAGUGAUCUCGAGGAGAGGAUACAUGAAACGGAAUGGAAGCUUAUUGUCGAUGCUACGGGCAAGGUACUGGCGGAGCUGGAAGAGAAAAGGAGACAGGAGAGUUAA